GAAUUCCAAGCGCAAUGUAGAAUCUGUAGCCGAACAUGGCAGGAGGAGAUAUUCUCGCGUUGUUCGCGUGACUUUGUAUGCCAAUGGGCCGACAAUAUGAGCCGUGACGACUUGUUCGCGGUAGUUCGGAGUGCGUCGCGCAAAAGGACAGCUAAAGCGGACGAUUACGUGAGAAAACGAACGAAGUGUCGUGCAGAUUAGAAUUCUAGUGAAUCAAAAAACAAGGUGAUGGAUGGUACACGGGCUGUAGAGGUUCUCCCUCUGCUUCAAGAGCGCCUUGCUAUUCUCCCGGGUGGCCGUGACCGUCGUGGUGGUCCAGUUCUUGUAUUUCCAACAACACCAAGGCGAGAACGUGCAAAACCUGAAGACUACCGUCGCCUCUUACAAUAUCUUCUAGCCAUUCCAAAUGAAGAAGCCAGAGGACACCGUUUCACUGUUAUUGUGGAUAUGCGAGGUGCAACAUGGGAUUCCGUUAAACCUAUUCUAAAGGUAUUGCAUGAACACUUUCAUCGUUCAGUCCAUGUUGCAUUUAUCAUCAAGCCCGACAACUUCUGGCAGAAACAAAGGACUUCGUUGGCCAAACAGAAGAAGUAUAAUUUUGAGAUUAAUACUAUUAGUUUGGAGGCGCUCGCAAAAGUGAUAGAUCCUUCCCAGCUAACAGCAGAUCUCGAUGGUUCCUUACAAUACGAUCAUGCACAGUGGAUCGACACACGUCUCGCCGUAGAGGAUUUCAUUUGGCAGGCGGCUGAUCUCUUAGACAGACUAGAUGAUUUGCAAGAAGAUCUCAGCCGCAAUGAUUUUGCGGACGACGUAGGAGGGGCUAAACAUGGGAUAGAUCUGCACAACGAGAUGAAGAAGAAGAUCAUGAACAUUCCAGUUGAGGAAGUUGAGGUUGUUGGUCAGCGUCUACUGGAACGCUUCAACAACGGUAUGACUGGCAAUGGUGGUGAAGGUGGCAGCAUCGAGAGCGGUGCAACUGGUGGUGCAGAUCCUGAUGGUCGCGCAUUGGCCGCUCUCGUAAUCCAGCACAUGGAUUCAGUUCACGCUGGUCAGCAGCAUCUUCUUCAAGUUUGGCACAUCAAGAAGAUGAAGUUAGAUCAGUGCUUUCAGCUUCGGCUAUUUGAACAAGAUUGUGAAAAAAUGUUCGACUGGAUCUGCCACAACCGCGAAGGUUUCCUUGCCAAUUACGUGGAAAUCGGUCGCUCCUAUCAACUCGCUAAGAAUCUCCAGGAAGAGCAUAAGCACUUUACCAUGAGCUCUAUGAACGUAUACGUUAAUAUUAACAAAAUCCUAACAAUGGCUGGCAGACUGCUUGAAACUCAGCAUUACGCGGCUGGUCAUGUGAGAGCUGUUGCUGGUAGACUCGACAGAGCUUGGAAAGAGUUUGCUGCUGGUCUUGACGAGCGCACCGCAGUGCUUGGCUUAAGUGUAGUGUUUCAUCAUAAAGCUGAACAAUAUGUGGACAGCGUAGCAGGAUGGAGUCAAGCUUGUGACUCAACAAAUCUCCCAAAUGAAAUUGCAGUACUUGAAUCUCACAUACGACAACAUCAAACUCUCUACGAAGCCAUGUGCCAGGCCUAUACGGAGGUUUACAACGCAUACCAAGCACUUUUGAGUGGGCUGGGCUCAAUGCUACAAGUUUGCCAUAGCACAAGCACAACUGGCGGCACAGGGUCGGACGUAUUACACGUCGAUUAUGUGCACAGUACCAGUAAGAAGCUUCUUUACCAGCUGGAUCAUCUUGUACAAGUCUGUAAUCAGCCCCAAGGGAUUGACCACGCCAACAGGAAACAUAGUCAAGACGGGCAUGGAAUGGAUAGCCGCGGCGGUAUGAGUGGAAAUCCAGCUGCGGAUUACAGCGAGGGUGCAUCCCACGUGCUAGCUGUCAUUCAUCAAAUUCUUGGCCAUCACAGAGCCCUGGAGGCGCGCUGGCAUGCCCGCAAAGUCAAGUUGCAUCAGCGACUUGCUUUGAGACUCUUCCAAGAGGAUGUCAAGCAAGUCCUGGAUUGGCUCACCAAUCAUGGUGAAGUAUUUAUCAGAAAAAAUACUGGCGUUGGAAGGAAUCUUCAGAAGGCUAGAGUGUAUCAGAAGAGUCACGAGCAUUUUGAAAAUGUUGCCCAGAAUACUUAUACGAACGCGACGAAAUUACUUACCGCUGCGGAAGAGCUUGCUCAUACUGGGGAAUGUGCGGCUGAUGAAAUAUACGCAGUGGCCCAGGAAUUGGAAGCUCACGUGAGCAGCUUUGCUGCCAGAGUGGAGCAGCGUCGUCGUAGACUUGACCUUGCUGUUGUAUUUUAUACUCAUGAAAAGGAGCUUAGUGGAUGGGUGGAUGAACUACGACAAGAACUUCAGCAAGAUGAAGUUGCAGAGAGUCUGGAAACUGCUGAGAGGCUUCUGGAUCAAUGUGCUCAGCAUAGAGCUUCCUGCCUGGAAGCCUGUGCUUCGACAAUUGCUCAGGGCGAAGCCUUAUUGCAAGAACUCAGGGACUCUACAGACGCUCCCGAUACGACCGGUUCGGUAUCCGCAGUAGAAGCAGCACUGGACAGGCUUGCAGGUUUACGACAGGAACUUGAGGAGCUAUGGGCGACCAGGAAGCUUCGACUGGAGUUAUGUCUUCGAUUGCGCGUAUUUGAGAGGGACGCUCUGGAAGCAAGUGGACAACUUGAAAUGUGGGCUCAAGAAUUGCAAGGUCCACCGCGAGAAGGGUCCCCGGAGCAAUUGCUACGAGUUCACAACGAUGGAGUAGCUCAUAUGCAAAACACCGCAUUCCAAGUGUUACAACAGGGUCAGGAACUUGCUCAAGUCCUGGAACAGGCUGGUGUCUGUAUAAUGGCUGAUGGGCAGCAUAGCGCAACAGCCAGAGUACAAGUGCUUUUGGAAUUUUUGAAUGAAAGAGAAAUGGAUGCUGAGGAUCUCGCAGAAAUGCGACGUGUUCGUCUGGAACAAGCUGCUCAGCUUGUUCAACUUCAGGCGGAUGCUACCCACGUAGCCAAUUGGAUUCGUAAUGGCGAAGCUAUGCUUUUGGCUUCUUUAAGAGUCCCUGAGAACCUCCAGGACGCUGAACAGCUUCGUCUAGAACACGAGCAAUUCCAAGUCGCUAUUGAGAAGACUCACACUUCAGCAGUCCAAGUAAAACACAGAGCCGAUGCCCUAGUUAGUGCUAAUCACUAUGAUCCUAAAAGUAUUAGAGAAGUUGCCGAAGACGUUACAAAAAGAUGGCAGCAGCUUGUCACCUGCGCCGAAGAGAGGCACAAGCUCGUCACUGCUAGUAUAAAUUUCUACAAAACGGCCGAGCAAGUGCGCUCAGUACUGGAUAGUCUUGAACGAGAAUACAGAAGGGAUGAAGAUUGGUGCUCGAGUGGAGAAAAGGGUGUCCAAGUACCUACGCUCGUCGGUAAACAUCAGGAACAGAAAGAAGCUUUUCUGAAAGCUUGUACCUUGGUUCGUCGAACUGCCGAGACUUUCCUCAAGUAUACCAACAGAAGUCUUCAGUUCUAUAGUUAUCAAACGAGCAGUGCCGGAUCUGAGAACAAAGUCAAAAACUUUUCUGGUUACAUUGUAGGCAUCUUGGAAGAGUUACUGAGCAAAGAGAACAAAGUGCUCGAGUAUUGGACCCAACGGAAAAAACGUUUGGACCAAUGCCAUCAAUAUGUGCUUUUCGAACGUAGCGCCAAGCAAGCUCUGGAAUGGAUCAGAGAAACUGGGGAGUUGUAUCUGGUGACACACACUAAUGUCGGGAAGAACAGAGCAGAGAACGAACAGCUACUUCAGGAGCACAACGAAUUUAAGGGUGCUGCUAAGGAAACUAGAGAACGAGUGAAAUUGCUUAUUCAAUUGGCGGAUAAUUUGGUGGAAAAGGGUCAUGCUCAUGCUGCAGCGAUCAAGCAAUCGGUCGCCGAGGUAGAUCAACGCUACAAAGACUUCAGCAUGCGAAUGGAUUGCUACAAGACUCAGAUUGAAGGUGAUUUGGGUAUUCAGUCUGACGAUGGUCAUAAGGAUCUGUCCAUUGAUCGGAAUUCGGAUCCCUUGUUGGAAGAGAAAAUCAAAGGAAAAGAUCUAAAGGAGUUGAAUGAAGAGAAACGAAGGUCUGCAAGGCGAAAAGAAUUUAUUAUGGCCGAACUCCUGCAAACGGAGCGUACGUACGUGAAGGAUCUAGAAACUUGUAUCCGAUGUUUCCUGGAAGAGACUCGGAACGGCAAGGGUAAUGUGCCACCCGGAUUGCAAGGACGCGAGUCAAUAUUAUUCAGCAAUAUGGAGGAAAUACAUCAGUUCCACUGUGACAUUUUUCUUCGUGAAUUGGAAAAAUACGAAACUAUGCCGGAAGACGUUGGUCAUUGUUUCGUUACUUGGGCCGCGAAGUUUGACAUGUACGUGACUUAUUGUAAGAAUAAACCGGAGAGUAAUCAACUACUGGUUGCUCAUGGGGGAACAUGGUUUGAAGAAUUGCAGAGGAAACAUAGAGUAGAGCAUCCUAUAGCUGCGUACUUAAUCAAACCCGUACAGAGGAUUACAAAAUAUCAGCUCUUACUAAAGGAUCUUCAGGCUUGCUGUCAAGAAGGACAGGGUGAAAUUAAAGACGGCCUGGAAGUAAUGCUGAAUGUGCCUAAAAAAGCAAACGAUGCCUUACACUUGAGCCUCCUGGAAGGUUGCGAUGUGAGAAUAGAUACGCUGGGGGACGUAGUGCUCCAGGACUCCUUCACCGUGUGGGAUCCUAAGCAACUGAUAAGAAAGGGCAGGGACCGUCAUAUAUUCCUUUUCGAACUUUAUCUACUUUUCAGCAAGGAAGUCAAGGACUCUGCCGGCAAGGUUAAGUAUAUUUACAAGAGUCGGCUAAUGACUUCUGAGCUGGGUGUCACCGAGCACAUAGAAGGAGACGAGUGUAAAUUUGCCGUGUGGACUGGAAGAGCACCUACCAGUGAUACGCGUGUCGUUCUGCGUGCAAAUUCUCUAGAAGCUAAGCAACUCUGGGUCAAGAGACUCCGCGAGGUUAUACAAGAGACGUACUUCAGUCUGAGCAUGCCGAAGAGUCCUGCAAAGAAGAGUUCCAGUCAGCGCUCCAGCAGGGAUCUCGAGGAAUGUGCUUCCCUGGAUGACAGCGUGGAGAAUCUCGACAGAAAUUCGCUGGCCUCCUUUGGAUCGACGAAUACAACGGAUUCUGAUAAGACGGGAGUGGCUGAGAUGACGUGGGUAGUCGCUGAUCACUCCGCUGCACCGGGAUCCCAUGAGCUGACUGUCACCAAAGGGCAGCAGGUUGAAGUUCUGGAGAACGGCAGUGGAAAUAGCGCUGGAGGAGAAUGGACCCUGGUUCGACUUCCUCUGGCUCCGGGUCAGGCUGACCCACCUCCAGAAGGUCUAGUGCCUACGAGUGCACUAAAACAACCACCCACCACGUCCUGCAAAACGUCGCCGUCCAGGAAAGCACCGACGCAACCGAGCGUUGCUAUUGCUCAACAGUCUGCUACCGCUGAGGAUGCUGAAACCGUGGGAAGCGACGGGAGCGGAUCGGCCAGUACCAGCUCACCUGGGAACAAGAGACGCGGAUUCAGCGGGAGAAAAUGGCUGCCACCACCUCUUCGCAAGCUCAGCCAAGGAAAAGUCGAGAAAUCCACAACGUCCGAUCGUCCACCGCCGCUCAAGAAAACCGGCUCGGACAAGCGCUUCAAAUUACCAAGCGGUGAUAAAUCUGGUAGAGCCGCCACCGAGGGCGAGGAGGAAGAUGAGGUCGAAUGUGAGGACGGCGAGGCUCCGGCGUUCCUGGAGCAGAACGGCGGCGAGGACGCCGAGGACGAUCUCGAAUUGCCACCACCCAUGAAACCCAUCACCGAGCCGAUUCUCGUGGCAUCGGGAAAUGGUCCACCGGGCUCCACGAUCCCGGACGAGUUGCCUGGGAAACGAGUAUCGGAGCGCUCUAUGAAAUCACUGGACGGUGCUGCGUCCGCUGAUAUUGCUGAAAUCGAGCAAAUUGUCAAGGAGAGUAUGGAACAACAUACCGAGAAUCAGGAAAGACACAGCUUGAUGAGGACACCAGGAAGGCCAUCUACAGGGGCAGAGGAUGGUUAUAGUGGUAUCGGUGGAUCAGCCGGGGAGGAUUAUGAUCCAGAGAGCGCUGCCCUGACUAAACGGCAAUUCGUCAUCAGAGAACUUGUGGAAACUGAAAGGGAUUACGUGAACGAUCUCAGGCAGAUCGUCGAAGGCUAUAUGGCAGUAAUGAGGGAUCCUGACAGUGACAUUCCCCUUCCCGAGGACCUGCGAAGUGGUAAAGACAAGAUGGUAUUCGGUAACAUUGAAGCGAUCUACGAGUGGCACAGAGAUUGCUUUCUGAAGGCUCUGGAACGCUGUCUAGAGCGACCGGAGGAGCUGGGCCCUCUUUUUAAGCGUUACGAGAGGAAGUUACACAUGUAUGUGGUUUAUUGUCAAAACAAACCCGUCUCCGAGUAUAUUGUGUCUGAGCACGUCGACACAUACUUCGAGGAACUGCGACAAAAACUCGGUCACCGACUUCAAAUAUGCGAUUUGCUCAUAAAGCCCGUGCAGAGGAUCACCAAGUAUCAAUUGUUGCUACGCGAGGCGCUACGCCUGACCGAGCGCACUCAGAGAAUAUCUGAAAUCGAGGGACUUCGUGCAGCUGCUGACGUUAUGCGGAUUAUUCCCAAAGCAGCGAAUGACAUGAUGGACGUCGGUCGAUUGGAAGGGUUUGAUGGUAAAAUAACGGCACAGGGUAAACUUCUGUUACACGGUCCGCUGUUGGUAUCUGAACUUGGUAGUAUGCCAACGCGUGGAAGAGAAUUACAGGUAUUUCUAUUCGAGCAGAACAUCAUCUUCAGCGAAGCUGUUGGCAAGAAGACACAGUUUACUAAUCCUGCCUAUAUAUACAAAGCUCAUAUCCAGGUGAAUAAAAUGAGUCUAGAGGAUUCGCCUGAUGAUCCGGAGAAGUUCGUGAUCCGAUCGACGGAUCCGCAUAAACCUGAGCUAGGAUUUUCAUGCGCUGCGGUAGAGGAAAGUGGGACGCGCAAGCAGGAAUGGGUGGAUACAAUUACUUCUAUCCUGCAGACGCAGCGGGACUUCCUUAAGGCUAUACAGUCCCCCAUUGCCUACCAAAAGGAACUUACCAAAGACCCACUCCGCAGCGCAACACCUGAGCCAGUCAUUCGAGCAGCCGUUUCGGUACCACCGACGCUGACAGUGUCCGGGGCGGCGAAUAAAGAACGAGGUGGACAGCGAAAGGGUCAAGCUGUUCAACGAUCGCUCACCGGAGGACUGGACGGAACUCCACCUCGUACACCCAGCCCGACAAAGAGUAAACUAAACUUCCUCGAGGGAUUUAGGAACACCCUACGGGCACGCUCGCCCGUUCGCACCAAUUCCAUCCCGGUCGCUCCAGGUGCUCGAGUAAGAUUAGCAGCAGACUGGGGUAAGCUGCACGCUGGAGAUGAGCUUGUUGUCUCUCAUCUUGAUGGUCCAGGACUGGUUGUCUCUCCUGUGGAUGCCAAAGAGGAAUUAUGGAUACCAGCCAGUCUCAUUCCCAAUUCCUCAUUCAGUAGAGCAUGGUCUUUCAGACCACGUAAGACUGAUUCAGAGAAGAAUGUUAACAGUCCUCAAAAAUUGCCAGAAGAAAAAUCCUUACCUAAGAUACUAAGCGCAAUCUCCCCAGUGAGGGCAAUGGCCGGCGAAGUAGCUAGACUCUCUGUGGAAGUGUCCCAUGCAGAAGGGGCAUCUAUUGUUUGGAGAAAAGAGGGCGAAGAUCGUAACGUUAAGCAGGAUAACCGUUAUCAGUUACAUCAAAAUGCAGGAUUUGUAUAUGUGGAGAUAGCUCGUUGCAGACCCUCUGAUUCUGGAGUGUAUAAUUGCAACGUUCAAUCGGAGAAAGGUUCCUGCUCAGCUAAAAUUACUCUCUGCGUAACGGGUGGCAAUGGAAAUACCUGGGCACGUGUUCUGGGAACAUCAAAAAUCGAAGUUGACUGGGAGAAACGAGAAGCAGGUCUUUGCAAUCUUGAGUACAGAACAAUACCAUCACUAGAAUGGAUGCCUAUAAUGGAUCAAGUUAAAACUCCGCCAGCAAUAUUAGAACUGUCACCGGGAGCUUCGUACAGUUUUAGAGUAGUAGGAAAAAAUAGAAUUGCCACUUCACCGUCGGCUGUUGUCACUCUUCCGCUGGACGAGGGUUCCAGUUGGGAAGCCGAACAAUUCAUUGGACGAUAUUUAGAGCUGGACGAGUUAGGUAAAGGAAGGUUUGCCGUUGUACGUCGUGCUAGGGAUAGAGGAACAGGACAGGAAGUGGCUCUUAAACAAACACCACGUCACAAACAGUCCCGUUCGCUUACUCGUGCUGAAUACGACUUACUGGCGUCUACACAUCAUGGUAAUAUCGUACGAGCAUUUGCCCUAUUCGAGAAUGCACCACAACCAGGGGUAGACACCAUUAUAUUGGAAUUGGUUCGAGGUCCAAUGCUUUUUGCAUACUUAAGUGAAAAGACUGAGUACACCGAAGCAAUGGCUAGUAAAUAUGCAAGUCAAUUGCUUUCAGCGCUGCAAUGGUUGCAUUACCGUCGCAUUUAUCAUUUGGAUCUAAAACCAGAAAAUGUAUUAGUAGACCAAGAGACCGGAGUAGUGAAGCUAGUAGACUUUGGCGAGGCUGUCAGAGGACCGGUUGAUGAAGUUGUUCCUCCAGCUGAUUUGGAAUUUGCAGCUCCUGAAUUGGUGCUUGGCAGACCGACCGGUUCUCACACUGAUAUGUGGGCUGCUGGUGUUUUUAUUUAUGUACUUUUAAGUGGUCUGUCGCCAUUCCUGGACGAUUCGGUCGAGGAAACGACCGCCAAUAUUUUGAAAUGUGAUUUUUGCUUUCCUGACGAAUAUUUUGAGACAAUAUCGAAUGAUGCGAAAGAUCUUCUUGGGAGAUUAUUGUGUCUUCGUGGAGAAGAUCGUGCUACUGCACAGACGUGCUUAGAAUCCCCAUGGUUUAAGGUACCAAAAGGUGCUACGAUACCUUCGACUAGAAUGGCAGCAUUUACAGAGCGUCGUGCGCAUUGCUCCAAAUCGCAUCAAGACCAUAAUGAUAGUUUUUAUUCUUGAAGUUACUUACUAUUAUUAUAUAUAUUAUAUCUCAUUACCAGUUUAUAAGGAACACAAACAAACUUAUUUGUAAAUAACAAGAUGUAUUUAAGUUUGUA